UAACCGGACCCCGGACACGGACCUUGAGUUGUUGAACCACCAUGUCCUUACUUUCGUCCUCGCUGAAAAGAAGCUGUCGUUCUGUCCGACUCGCUCGAUGGGCUUCGUCUACCAUCUCUCCCAAGCCUAACCGCGAUGCGAACUGGAACCACCAGGAUCCCCUCAACCUUGAAUCCCUCCUCACGGAAGAGGAGAUCGCGAUUCGAGACACCGCGCGAGCAUAUUGUCAAGAGAAUCUUCUUCCCAAGGUUUUGGACGGAUGGAGAAACGAAGAGUUCAACCAUUCGGUCCUUCCGGAGAUGGGCAAGCUCGGGCUCCUGGGUCCCACGAUCGAGGGCUACGGAUGCGCCGGCGUGAGCAACGUCGCAUACGGGCUGAUCCAGCGCGAGAUCGAGCGGGUCGACUCGGGCUACCGCUCGACCGCCUCGGUGCAGUCGUCGCUCGUGAUGCACCCGAUCCACGCGUUCGGCACCGACGCGCAGAAGGACAAGUACCUCCCGCCGUUGGCCGCCGGGGAGCUCAUCGGUGCUUUUGGUCUCACCGAGCCGAACCACGGGUCUGAUCCCGCCAACAUGGAGACGACCGCGGAGGAAACGGAUGGGGGAUACGUCCUGAACGGCGCGAAAACGUGGAUCUCGAACGCACCUGUUGCAGACGUGUUCAUCAUCUGGGCCAAGUGCAAGUGGGAUGGGAAGAUCCGUGGAUUCAUCCUCGAGAAGGGCCUCGACGGACUGAGUGCGCCGGCGAUCAAGAACAAAAUUGCCCUCAGAGCCUCGCUGACUGGGAGCAUCUUCAUGGACUCGGUGCGUGUCUCGCACGACGCGCUGCUGCCGAAAUCGCUGGGGCUGGCCUCUCCCUUCUCCUGCCUCAACUCAGCGCGGUUCGGCAUCUCGUGGGGCGUGAUGGGCUCGCUCGAAGACUGCAUUGACCGUGCGCUCGCCUACGCGCUGGAGCGCCACCAGUUCGGGCGCCCGCUGGCUUCUUUCCAGCUGGUCCAGAAGAAGCUGGCUGAUGCCCAGACGGAAGCCGCGCUUGGUCUGCUCGCCAGUCUGCAAGUCGGCCGCCUAAAGGAUGCGGGCAAGCUGUCUUCGAACAUGAUCAGCAUCGUCAAGCGGAAUAACUGCGGGAAGGCCCUCCAGCAUGCUCGCAUUCUGCUUGAUAUUUUGGGCGGAAAUGCUGCUGCCGACGAGUAUCACAUUGGUCGUCACGCAGCUAAUCUCCAGGUCACCAACACUUACGAGGGUGCGUCAUUCUUUGCACAAUCUGCUUUUUUUUUUGUUCAACGUUGUCCCAGGUACACACGAUAUCCACGGUCU